AUGGCGAAAAAUUUCAAGUUACGAAUCACCAGGGUGAUCACUACUACCUUGCAAUCUUGCAGUUCAAAAGACACCUCAGCUCUCCCGGAAGAUCCUGUCCCUUCAUUUUCACGACCUUCUCCAGGGAACCUCAAAUAUACAGCCGUCAAUUUUCCGGUAUCCAAAGACCAAAACCAUCAUUCUUCCUUUAAAGGACACGCGUCUUCUACUUUCACAUCGGCCGGUUGUGGUUGGGCCUCCAAGCCGGAUGCAAAAAUCACUUCCGAUGAAGACUGCACCAGAUCAGAACCUCAACAAUUCAAGUGGAAAAAGGAUGAGAAAUGGCACGUUGUUGCUAAGAUCUAUAAGGAAAAAACGCCACUCCGGAAAAUAUACAACUCAUCUGCUUCCGGCUGCUCCGAGGAUGAUGACUUAACUUUUGCAGCGCCUGGUGCACUGCCGCCAGCGCCGCCGCCAUCCGCGGAGGAGAAGAAGAAAAGACGAGGGAAGAAGAAGAACAUCCCUAGCAGGCUUCGCAUUAGUACCUCGUCGGCCGAUAGUGGGUGGUUUAGCAGUGAAGGCGGUGUCAUUGUCGGCGAUGAAAGAGAUGAAGAGGAAACUGAAACCCUAGUCUCCUCCUCCAUUAGCUUCUCCACUGAUUCCUCCUCAGAGUUCAACUCUCGUUUGCAUCCCAUUCAAGAAACUCCCUUUACCCCAAAACCUCAACGGAGGAACAAAAGGAGAGUAUCCAAGACUUCAAAGCGCGGCAUUUCACGCCCGUCAGUCUCCGCCGCUGACGGCGAGAUUCCGGCGAGACUCUCCAUGUUCAAGAAGCUGAUACCAUGUACAUUGGACGGGAAAGUUAAGGAAAGUUUCGCUAUAGUGAAGAGGUCCAAGGAUCCAUACGAGGAUUUCAAGAAUUCAAUGAUGGAGAUGAUUCUGGAGAAACAAAUGUCUGAAGAGAAAGAUUUGGAGCAACUUCUUCAGUGCUUUUUGUCUUUAAAUUCCCGUAAUUAUCACGGGAUUAUUAUUCAGGCUUUUUCUGAAAUUUGGGAGGCCAUUUUCUGUCCUGGUUCAAAAGCUUCUUCAAGCUAUCGCCGCCAUGUUUCAGGCGGAGCAAAUUAA